UGUGGAGGGGGACCCGCUCUGUAUCUAAAUAUAAACAGCUCGUUCUUAGGUAAAUAAAACACGACUCUUAGUUUUAGGUGAUUAUAAACCAGUGAAAACAUAGUUCUGAAUAUCAUAUACCAAAAAAAGUACUUAGUUGCACAGGAAGUACAGGUGCCAGAGACAUGCAACCGUUUGACCUGCACAGAAACAGAUCUGCUGAUAAAACCUUGUGAUCAUGUGCCCGAAGAGACAGCAUGACUCUACAGAAACCCAAAAACCUGUGACAGAGUAAAAACCCACCCCUUCCCACACAUUCGUCUUCAACAGGCCCCUUCACUUCCCCGGCUCCAUGCUCCUUUAUUUUGGUUGUCUGCCCUCAGCAGUCCACGCUGCAGUUCUGCAGCUCGGGACACAUUCCAAAUCUCGUCUCUCAUACCAGCCCGUCGCUGCUGCCAGAUUGGUUUUCACACAGUCCUGGGGCCCCUCCCUGCUACCACGGCGAUGCAGCUGUCACCUGUCAGUUUCGUGGUGGGGAUGCGCACCGGCCUGUUGUGGCUCAGAAUAGAAUUGUGGGAGACUUUUUGCUGGAAGUGGGAGAGCCGUAACACCAAAGUCUCUGGGUGGAUGAACAGUUGACUGGGAAAAAAUCUCAACUAUAUGGGAAUGUGGCAAAUGUGAGCUCGGAGGUUAUGGGGUGCUUCUCAUGGGAGUGACUGACUGCUUCUUCUGAGGGAGACUCUGGUGCAGAUUGUAUUGAAUGGAUGACCAGGACAGAGUGAGCCAAGCAUCCAGCGUGGCUACUAUUUCCUACUUUCCUGUCAUGAAGGAAAGCGAUGGAAAGGUGCAAACAUUUGGGAAAAGAUGUCAGGCUGCCAAGAGAGACCCCAACUGUCCUGUGGUCAUCAGAGGAUGGCUCAACAAAAAAGACAGCUCUGGUUUGAAGCUGUGGAAGAGGCGGUGGUUUGUCCUCUCCAACUUCUGUCUGUUUUACUAUAAAGACAGUAGAGAAGAAUCUGUGCUGGGCAGCAUCCCACUGCCGAGCUACAAGAUCCUGUUCUGCACGCCACGAGAAUGCAAGAACAGAAAGUUUACCUUCAAGGUGGUGCACCAAGGGAUGCGCUCCUAUUUCUUCAGUGCUGACACUCAGGAGGACAUGCUGGGUUGGGUCCGAGCCCUCAGUCAGUCUGCUGCGAUGGAGACAAACAGCUCCCUGAACAGGCGUUGCUCAAGCUAUCAGGAUUUCACACAGAUAGGUGGCAGCAGUGAAUCGGUGGACUUCCCUAAACCCCCCUCUGAUGGAGAGGGUCCCUCCCAGAGACACAAACACGUCAGCAGGACUCUGAGCGAACCGAGUCAUCUCGCUGGUGGGAGGAUGGGGACGUCGCGCUCAGAGCAGAGGGGGAGGCGGAGCGUGCGUCAGAGAAACAGCAGAACACCCAGUCCUCCGGAUUAUAAUGGAAGAAGAGCUUGUGGUCCACACCAAGAGGAAGACUCUGGUCAAAACACACCACCCACACAGACAGAAAUGGGUUCUCUGACCUCGAGAGGUCAGCUGGGGUCACGACCUCACACACCAGUGGGAAGGGUGGACAUCCGACCUCAGGAUGAUUCGGGCAUGGUGCCACAAACCCUGUACUACGCACCGGCCUCACCUAACCUGGAGCUCAAAUCCACUCCAACAACUCCAGUCACGGAAAGAUGGCAGAAUCUAAGCAAGCCCACACCUACAUAUGGGUCUGUCCAUCAUAUCUCGAGUGGGAGACGACCCUUAGGAAAGAGCUACUCCACAGGCGCACAUGCAGACUUACUGCCCCCUUUGCCCCCGUCAUCGAGAGCCGCACAUGCUCCCCACCACCCACACCACCACCACCACCACCAUCAUCACCAUCACCGCAGCAAUUUAUCUGUUUGUGUGCUACCGCCAGCUAUGCCCCCAAAGCCUGACCCGAGGGAAGCCCCACCAAUCAGGCCUCUUGAAAGUGAUGCAGAUGCUGUGUUGACAAGGUUGUGUGGGUGUGACAAGCUGCUCCAGUCUCUGUCUGUCGAACUGGCCCAGCUACAAAUGGAUAAAGACAGCUGCCAGUGUGCAUUAGAGGUGUCCAGACUGCAGCUGGAGGAGUGGAAAAACCAGGGGCCCAGGGCCCAGGAAGAAGCACUGACCCAGAAGGCUUUGCUUCAGGAAGAGCUGGUCACAAUCCGUGCCAGGAUGUGUGAUGUAUCAUUGGAAAUGGAGAGGGUGUGGAGUCAGUAUGAGAGAAUGGAGAGUGAACUGAUGGUUAUCCGUUCACAUCUUCAGCACAUCUGUCACUUUGGACUGCCACAGGACCAGUCUCAGGCCCAGAGAGAGCUGUGGAUGAUGGAGGACAUCCUGGCCGGACUUAGGAUCAACAGGGAUCACUUCCGCUUCCUGCUGGGACUACAGAGGCACCACUUGUACCAGCCGACAUCUCCACAUCCUGGAUCCCCUGGCUCACCCACAGAGAGGCCGCACAGUGGAAUGGAUGUGGAACAAGAGCCACCACUCCGCCCACCGUUACCCCAGGAGCUACAGGAAUGUUACCAGAGCAGGGAUCAGGGCCAUGGCUGGACAGAAUCGCCAUAUGAGGGAAUCUACAGCCACGCUGUUGAUCCUGUGCAGAGAAGAGGAAACAGCCAGCCUGACCUCCUUAAUGUGAAAGCACCGAAAGACGCAUUUGAAUCUGGUUCAAAGUGGAUCCCACCAGAUACAACAAACCAAUCAACCAAGAAGAUGAAGAUGAGUGAAGAGGAGCAGAUCGAGCGGAUAAAGAGGAAUCAGGAGAGGAUGACUAAUAGAAAGAAACCCCCCAUACCCACUCCAGGUCAAAGUUCAGAGACAAAAGAGGAGGCACCCUUUCCUCUAAGGGUGACACGAGUUGUUACAGCCGUACUGCCGUCCUCUCUCGUGGCCAGACGGGUCUCUGUUGAGGAUCCCCCACCCGAGCUCGACAACCCACUGCCCGAGCAGAUCCCGCCUGAGAUGCAGCAAAGAUUGGCCGAGCAGAAUAAAAAAAUGUUGAACAAGCCACCCAGGCGUCUACUGCUGGAGGGCCCUGAUCAAAACCAGGAUCAGCCCAUUAAAAGGACAAACAGGCAGCAGCAUCAGGGAGUACUGAGGUCCCCCAAGAGGGUGUCACGGUCAGAAUCGAGCAGAGGCGAACCCACAGAGACCCCAAGAAAUCGAGGUCAAGACCAAGCAGGGGUAGGAAACGGAAGUGAGAGCUUGGACGUCAGGAUGGAUGAACGACCCUCUGCCCUCCUGACCUCUGACAUGGAACCUGAACUCUGCCUGACCCCUGAGCAGCGCGAGGCCAAACUCCGACGUGUGGAACGAAUACGGGAGAGAGUCAUAAGAAGCGCAGUCAGACAGAGAGCUACUACACAAGAUCAGCUACCAAUCAGAGGGGAGGGGCAGGAAGUUCAUCAGGUGCCCCCUGACACAGCUAGAAAAUACAGGAUGAACUCAGCCCAUGAAUCCCACGGUGGCUAUGGAAGCUGUGAUAACAUCAGAGGUUCUGCAGAACUUCAGCUUUCAAGUGGCACAUCCCAGGAUGAAGAGGAAAGAAACAGACAGGCGAAAAAAUCUGAAAGUCAGGUCAAACUUGGGAACAAAACACAACACAAAGAUCACAAUGGAAGAAAAGGGGUUGCUAAGACUAAAAUCAAACGUCCGGCUUCACCCUAUCACGUCUCGACCAUGACCGUCUACCAGAAAGAUGGAGGCAUGGGAUUUACAAGUUCCAAGGAUGAAGAGGAGGAAGAGCUUGAUGAGCCUGAAGGUGAUGACGGAGAGUUUUCAUCCUCCGAUCUGAGAGCCAAGUGGUUCCUCUCCACCAGCCAGUGGCAAGGGUUCAUACCUUUGCAGAUCCAUGGCGUAGACUCGUGCAACGAGGAGAUAUCGGAUGUCGAGAACCAGCCAGCAUGCAGUGACGACCUCACUGAUUCAAACGAAAUGUCAUCUGCAGUCAGUGAGAGUUUAGAGAAAAUGAAAGAGAACCAUUCACUCUUCUAUAAAAUCGCAUGUGACAUCAGUAUUUCAGACACAGAUAUAACAAAGAAUGAUGGGGGUUCAAACGCUCAAACAACAUCCAGGCCUGAAGAUGAACUGCUGAUCACAGAACCUGUGCCUGAUGAAGCAACCCGUGAUGUUGGGGGAUCUUCUCACCAAGAGAGCAAGAAUCUCAGCCUACAUUUGCAGUCAGAUGUUAAUGAAAACAGCCUCUCAAUUAAUAAUGAACUCCAAGAUUCAACCCAGGAAAAAGCAGGGUUGGGUACCCCAGAAAGUCCAGCAAAAUUGGAGAUCCCUCAAAAAGAAUGUGAAGACACCCUAAGGCAAGACAGCCAGUUGGAAACUAGAGAAACUGUCCAUGGAGCCCCUGCUCAGGACUCUGCUUCUGAUCCGACCAUGGAUGAAAAGACAAGAGGAGAACAAAGUGCAGCGAAAGAAUCGGAAGAAAGAAAGGUGGACCAAGUGAGAGCUGAGAAGCUGAAGAAAUGUCGUAGUUUAAGUGAGAACAGCAAAGAGACGGGCCAAGAAGGAAGCCACAACCACUCCAUCACUUCCUCCAGCUCUGCACACGAGGGAAGGAGUUUGAUUCGGAGUGCCUCUUUCGGGAAGGCACGAGUUACUGUAUUAAGGACAAGUUUGUAGAGGCGAGAACAGUGAAGGCUUAAGGAGCUUAGAGGAACGAACUUGGGAAGGACAAGAACACAGUUAAGUGAUUUAUGGUAAAGGAAAACGCCUAAGGAGGAGGAAUUUGGACCUAACUUUGGAUUAGAAAUGGUAAAAUGGGAACAUGUAAUGUCAGAAAUAGUUAUAUUUGGUAAACUUGAACAUUUCCAUCAUUCAUAAUAUGUGGUUUGAAAAUGGUGCAGAUAAAAUAAAAAGUCUUAAGAUAACAAAAACAUGCAAAUAUAGUGAUGUUCUUCCAGGUGAUGGUAAACAUCAAAUACCUUAUGUAUAGUUGCAGUAAUGUGCCCUGCAUUUGAGGUUAACUCUUUCAUUCCUCUUUAAACAUGCAUCUAACAUCACAAAGAAAUUAUACGUGAUUGCUGCUUGUGGAUGGCAACAUAACCCUGUCAUUGUCACUGUAACAAAAUGUGUUUUGUAUCUCAAAUACCCUGAUUAAUAAACAUGCUGUGUGCUAC